CCCUUGCGCUGAAGUUUCACAAGACAGCCGGCAGACAAUGCUCAGAUAUCCGCGAUGGGCUCUCCACGAGGCGCGGGCUGGCCAUUAAUACUGCACCGCCAACCAGGAAGCCAGCGAGCGGGUCUCGACGCAGCUGGGACGUGAUGAGCGUGACUAGCGGCUGCUGCUCAGCACGGACUGGAUGGAUAUUAUAAUCAAAGCAAGAGAGACGCAGAGAAGGGGAUGUGGGAGAGGGGAUUCAGCCAUUCAGCCGCCGUCGUCCUUGUCCUUGUCCUCAUACUUCUGCCACGAUCUCCAACCGCUGGCUGCGGCAACAGCUGGAGCAAUAGCUGGAGCAAUAGCUGUAGCAAUGGCCGUAGUGGCUCGCCGCAUCCUUACGCGCGCGCCCCUCAGCGACAAUCACGACCGCAUCCGAUCGGGCGAAAUGAAGAGAAAGGCUUCCAUCGCCGUGGAACGUUGCUGAAACAGGACGAGGUGCGUCUCAGAAGCGUCCGGGAAAAGCAGUUCCCGACGCUUAGUGCGUUUAAUAGCGGCGACAAGGCGGCCCACGCGGGGCAACCAGACUACAUACCUACCUAGUAAUUGUCCACGGGGAUCGGCGUACCUAAAAUAUAUUAACACUCAACGUUAUCAAGCUGUUUUGUUUUCAUUUGUUUUGCAGCAUGACUGC